AUGAAAUGGAAGAAAGACGAAGUCAACAUGAUACGCUGUGGAAUAUUAAUUCUAUGUGUAUCUGGCUGCUUCGCUAAACUGAGUAGUUCUGCAGGAUCACUCCGACUUUUUCCAGAACCAGAACCCCGAAAUCAGGGAAAUCAAGUGCCAUUUGAACCAAUAUAUAUACCUAUAGCAGAAACGCCUGUGUCCCAGAGCAUUCAACCAUUUAUUGGUCCUUUACUCUCCCAAAUUAAUAGGCAAAAUGGUGGACAGAAUCGGUUUCAACUACCCAAUGGACCAAACGUGCCUUUCCCCGGGGGAUCUCCAGGAAUCGGUCACGGAAUGCACUCUAGGAGUGUAACUCAAACAUCUGAAGUUCCAGUCAUUGGCUUCGACGAUUUUAUGACCCUAAUUCGACGAAGCACUGUGGGUCAAUCAGGUACUGGACAGGAUAUGACGUACGUAAACCUAGGAUCUCUUAUACCCAGAGCACCAAUAGUUGCAAUUCCCAGUAAUACUCUUCCAAGAUCCUUAAGACAAAGUUCUGAAACGGCUGUCUCGCAACAGACUCGUGUUAGUGGUGGACAGGGCCCUUUAAGUCCCGUACACGUGUCCUCUUUAACUCAAGGUCGUUCCGCGGGUUUUCUGAGUUCUGCACUUGCCAACAUUAACCGAGUUCCACAGAUUCCUCUUCAUCCCGUUGCUGCUCUUCAUCACGCUGUAUCUAGAGGAAGAAUCCCUCAUCCUGGUCUUGCACAGCAGGCAGCGUCCUUAAGAAUCCCCUCUACAGCAGGAGGAAUCAAUUCUGGUUUAAAUCAACUUCAUUCUGCGGCUAGUGCCGCACGUCAGGUAGCUGUCAACACUAACCAACGCACCGUGAAUGCCGUCCAACGAUCUCUGUUCUCUUCUGGCCAAUUGCCUGGUCCAAUACAUCCCUCUAUAUUAAGAACAUUUUCUAAUACAGUUUCCAUCCCAAGAUCUCCUCUACACCAUAUAGUGAAUACUGCAGCAACCGGGGGUAUAAUUCCAAGAGGUCCAGUCUCUGGUAUAUUGUCAAACAUUGGAAAUGGGGAUUCAGGAGUCCCUGGUGGUCAAGGUAGAUUUGGAACAACAUCUAGACAGUUUAGUGCCUUGUCUUCAGGCGUUGGUAACCUUCCUCUGGUGUCCAGACCAACUGUAGUAGGAUCUCCUUUCACUAGUAGUGUUCAGCCUGAUUUCAAUCAGAGAGAAAAUCAAAGAAGAUCUUCUAUUUCAUCUUUUACAAUGAGAUCAAAUAAUCCCUUAACCGUUAACAGAGUUACCAUUCCUGGACCACUAAAUGAAGAUAGAAGAAACAGCUUUUCACAAACAUUUGGACUGGAUCAAAAUCCUGUACCUGGAGCGUCUAGUGUGACGAAUGAUUUUGUACGUAGAUCAAGCUUUGAUGAUUUCCUUCCCAGGGAUCCACUGAGAAGGAACAACUUACCUGAUUUCCGUGGGUUCAGUGGAUUCAAUGAUUUUACACCCAGAUCACCUAUAAGUAUAUUUACUAGAAGGAGCGAUGAAUUAAACCAGCCAUCAGGUUUCAGUCGGACCAGAAGAUUUGAUAACACUGAAUUUAGAAGUUUCCAAGGGAUACCAAGGGACAGGGGCGAUAUAUUUAAUCAGCCUUCCCGUAUGUCUACUUUUGACGAGUUUCGUCCCAUUUCUACAAGACCCUUAGAAUCCCCAACUUUUGAUAGUGGAUUUGAUAACUUUGCACCGAGAUCAACAUUCAGCAAUUUUCUUCCCAGGUCUUCGCAAAGGCGCACCCCAUUCUUUUCAGAUAUUAGAGAACAAGGUGACCGUGUUGUCCGUCCAAGGGCGCAAUUUCACUCUAACAAUGGAGCCGAUUUUCCAAGAAAUUUAGAUCCAUUGUCUUCAUCCAGAGGUUCGAAUUUACCUUCAUCUCUAGAUGAACGCUUACAGGAAGAUUUCAUCAGAAAUAAUUUUGCUCUCCCUAGACAGUUUGAUCCUAUUUCAAGAAAUUUUGAUCCUGUCACUUCAGGACGAGGCCCACUGAUAGUUAGCCCGAGCGCCAGUAUCCUACCGCCACUGCCACGUUUCGACACUCGUAAUCAACAAAAUCAAGAAUCUUUUCCAUUCCGUGAGGAUACAACACGUAGAUUAGGUGAACCUUCUAAUAUUCUUGGUCCCCGAGAUUCAUCAAGUUUUGUUCGACCGACAGUACUUUCUCCUGUUUUUGGAACUACCGACAACAAUUUAGGUACCUUGAGAAGAGGAGUUCAAUUCAGCGGUCCUGAUUUCAAUGAUAUAAGAGGGGGCCGUUUUGCUGAUCCUUGGAAUAAUAGAUUCAGUCCUGGUGCUGGUUUAAUUGAGAGAAGAGAUGGUCGUUUUGAUGAGCCUUGGAAUAAUAGAUUUGGUCCAGAAAGAUUUUUUGAUCAAAGAGAUGACCCUUUUGGCAAUAGAUUCGAUCCUGGGAAUAGAUUUGAUAGAUCUGAUGAACGAUUCGAUGAUCGAAGAGGGGAUACUAUGUUUGAUGAUCAAAGAGAUGAGGUUUUUGAUGAUCAGUUCGAUAGAAUGGAUAGAAAUUCAUUUACUCCUUUCUUUCAACCACGUUUUUCUCCUUUGGUGAGACCCUUUGGAUCACGAUUUUCCAUAUCCCCAGUCUCAAGGGAAUUGACACGCGCUUUUCAACGCUCUCCAAAUAGGCGACCAAGAGGCAGCUUCAUGAUAUCUUUCCUCGUAAACAUCGAUGAUGUAUCUGAUGCGGUAGAUGAAGUCGAUUUCAAUAGAAGGAUAUCUCCAGGGUUUCAAAACAGAUUCAUUCCAAGAAGAGGAUUUGCUUUUGGGGGAAUAGAUAACAGUCCUAUUGGACCAUUUGAAAGAAGGAAUAAUAGACCAAUUGGUCCAUUCGAUGGAAUUGAUAAUAGUCCCAUAAGGCUGUUUGAUAGAAGAGCUAACAGACCGAUGGGACAAUUCGAAGGGAUUGAUAACGGACCGAUAGACCCAUUUGAUAGAACUGAUAAUGGACCGAUAAGACCAUUCGAUAGAAGUGACAUAGGACCAACCGAUCCAUUCAUUGGAAGAGAGAACGGACCGAUAGGCCCAUUUGGUAGUAGAGAUAGCAGACCAAUCGGACCAUUUGAUGGAAGGAAUAACAGACCAAUAGGACCAUUUGAUAGUAGAGAUAACAGACCAAUCGGACCAUUCGAUAGAAGAAAUAACGGACCGAUAGGAACCUUUGGUAGUAGAGAUAACAGACCAAUCGGACCAUUCAUUAGAAGAGAUAACGGACCAAUAGGCCCAUUUGAUAGAUCUGAUAACGGACCGAUAGCACCAUUCGAUAGAAGGGAUAUUGGACCGAUAAGACCAUUCGAUGGAAGAGAUAUCGGACCAAUGGGACUAUUUGAUGGGAGAAAUAAUGGGCCUAUAGGACCAUUCGAUGGAAUAAAUAACGGUCCAAUGGGACCAAUUGGAGGGAGAAAUAAUGGGCCAAUAGGAUCAUUUGAUGGAAGAGAUAACGGACCAUUGGGACCAUUUGGUGGGAGAAAUAAUGAGCCAAUCGGACCAUUCGAUAGAAGAGAUAACGGACCAAUGAGACCUUUUGGUGGGAGAAAUAAUGGACCAAUAGGACCUUUUGAUGGAAAUGAUAAUGGUCCAUUGGGGUCAUCCAAUGGAAGAAAUUUUCUGUCCAGUGUUCCCUUUAUACCACCAAUGGCACCUUCUCCUGCUUCCCGUGUACUACCUCCUAUAACAUCUCCUGUUGUAUCACGUAGUUUAUUGUCACCUGAUCGAUUCACAGAUCAAAACAGAGAUUUCAGACAAGGUUCAAGAAGACUGGAUCCAUUUUCUGAACCAGUAAGGUCUAUUAGAGAGAAUCCACGCCCUUUUGCUGUAGCUAUUCCCGAUCCAGACGGACCUAGGAACCAACCCUUUUUGACGGCCGCCAUAGAAGGUCAGUUUGACGGUCCUGCCACAGACAUUGAUUUUAACUCUGCAUUCAAUCGCCGACAACCAAGCUUAACAUCUGAACCUGUUGAGCCAUUUCCUGAUAGGAGAACUAUUUUCAACCUUCCUAUACGAAGAGAUAGUACUUCUGAUAUAUCUUCACGACAAGCACCAUCAAACUUCCAACAUUUAUUAAAUUUAGGAAAUUCAGUAGUACAUUCGAGAACAUCACAAAUUACUUCGAAUCUUUUCAAUGUAUUAAAUCUUCGACGUCCAAAUUUAGCAUCCCAAUCUCUUGGACCAACAGGAGGAUUGAGGAGUAGACGACCUGCAGUUACAAAUGCCCAACACUUACUUAAUAUAGGUAAUUCAAUAAUACAGCCCCAAACAUCUUCAAAUAUUCUAGCUUUUGGUAAUACCAUUGGUUCACAGAGACCGCCUCUAAUAACAUCAAGACAACCUGUCAACACAGUGGUUGGGAGGAUCCCCUUUGUCCCUCAUUCGUCGUUCACCAAUAGACUACAUGUAAAACAUGCAACUCAUUUUGGUGGAAAUUUCCGACAGGUCCCUAGAGGUGUGUCAGGUCUUUUGAAUUUAUCUCUUCGGGGUCAUCGUAAUAUAAGACAUUUUUUACCACUUGGUAGACACAUCGGGCAUAUUGCGCGUGCUGGUGGACCGACUUUACCCUAUUCAGGAUUUAUUCCGGGUUCCCAAAAUGCUUACAGGCCAUUCAAGUGAAGAUUGACAUUUUGUAAAUUCUACAUUCAAGUAUCUACAUUUUGCAAAUUUUUUGUUAAAUUUGUAUGAAUGUACAUGUAUAUAUAAUUAUGGUUACAGUGAUUAAAAUCGUUGUGCGAUGGUUGUUGGAAAAAUAAAAUAUUGUUUUUAUUUG